AAACUUCAAAAUUUAAAUACCAUAUAUAUCAUGGAACCAGAAACCUUCAUUAAUUUACUACUUGACCACAUUGAAUCAAAAGCCGUAAUUUCAACAGAUUAUAAUUAUUUAUACUUACAUAAAUGGGAAAUUGCGCCUGAAAUCGCUGCUCGACUUCCAAGUACAUAUAAAUCAUAUCAGGAUGUCCUCUUUACUUAUAUUUGUUCAAAUAAUAUUGUACCUGAUUAUGACUUAACGAUUAAUGGAAAUUUUCUGGCCCAUAUUUUGGCAAAAAGGUUACAUGAUUCGGCGAAUCCCAAAACUUAUACGCCGAUAUUAAAGUUUUUCAAUACGUUCGAACCGCAGGAAAAUUUUUUUCCAUUCAGGUCAAGUCUUGAACUGUUGAUCAAGCAAGCUCUUGAUGAUAGUAGGGUACCGGGACAAACGAUUCAUUGGUUGCUAAUAUUUAUACGAGAUCAAGCUGGUUGGUUAUAUUCAAGCAAUAACGAUGCUGAUUCUAAGGAAAUUCAAAGAAGAGAUGAUUUUCGUGCUUUCCUAGCAGAGAAAUUUAGCAGGAUGUCAAGAACUUUGUUAUAUGAGGAUCUUGAACUUUUACGAAUGGUGCAAGGAAUUUCCAAGAUUAAUGAUAUUAAAGUGAAACCGGAUUUUACCCAGGAAGAAAUGCUUGUUUCUCAAAAAUUACACGUGUGUCAAGCUAUUUUAGAUACUGUUAUACUUUUUCCAAGCGAACAUCGAACACAUCAGUUAGACCUCUGUAAGAUUAUUACGCAUCAAGAUUUCACCAAGUUGCGCCCGCUUCACAUGAUGUUUAAAAUUUAUAAAGCCGAAUAUCCUUGUCAAACUGAUCUUUUAAUAAAUCAAUUAAGAUUAGAAAAAUUGAUAACAAUUCAAGAAGUUGAAUCGUUGAAAUUGAAACCUUUUCUGAAAACGUUGAUGUACAAUAAUAUUGUAAAUGAAUGUUUGGAGCAUCUUGAACUUUUUGAGUUAGAACUUGCACAAUGCCUCAAAAAUAAUCAGGAUAUUUCAUCAGAAUUUGAAUAUUUCGAUUUAUUAGCCAAACGUAAGACUGAAUUGAACUCAAUUUACGAAACCUUUUCAACUUUGAAAAACAAAGAAAUUAUUCUUAUAUUGUUGGAUAUUGCUGAAUUUGUUAUAAAUGUUCCAGCCAAGUUUAUGAUGAGAGUAAUUAUUAGUUUAGCGUUACUACAUAGAUUAUGUAGUGAAAAACAUAAUACACAGUGUAAUAUCUCAAAUGAUUCUAAUGUAAACAAGGAUAUUAAUUUCAAAGAAAUUAAUCGAUUAAUACUUGACAUUUGGUUGUCAUCAUUUUCUCGACUUCGAAUUUCAAGAUCUUUUUUGACUUACCAAAUUAAUUCGUCCGAAACUCUUAAAAUGUUACAAAUUCUUACAACACUUUUUCUCUUCACUUUCUACGCAUCAUCACGUUUUACAUGGAUUCAAUCCUAUACAAAUCCUAUUGAUGAAGAAGAGGAUAAGACCGAGAUAUUAAGUCCAACUUUGGCUUUAUUCUUGGAGAAUCUCGUUAAAUUAUUUAAAGUUUUAUUGAAUAAUGAUCUUUGUGAGGAAAGGAAAAGUAUUGAAGAUUUAAUUCACAUAAUAUUUGAUAAAUUGGGAUUUGAAGUACCUUUGGAGGUGAUUAUUAAAGAAUCCAAAUACCUGCUCAAAGUAGUUGAGACAGAUCCAUGGACUGAUUUAUUGAAAGAACGUAUUGGCAAUGUUAAUCAAGAAGAAUCAAUGUAAUAUUAAUUCAUAAUAAAUUCUGCCUGAAAUUAAAAAAGGGUUGACCAGAAUUAUAAUAUUGUCAGUGCAGGAUAGUUGGAGGUAUCACGUGAAAUUUGCAAAUUUUUAUCGAGAAAUUUUUUUUUUUAUUAGAAAGUUGUUUCAUU